AUGAGUGCAUCCAUUAGGCUCUCUAUUUUUUGGCCUAACUCAGAACCUGAACAGUUGCCCGAAAGGACAGAUACAUUAGUUCUCACUACUUCUAGCGGAAGGUAUAUAGAUAUAAGAAGCUAUAAACAGAACUCACUUGACUCUCAUCCAGAACUCAAGUCAUUUCCAUUUGAUUGGGCAUUUGCUGGCGAUGAACGUGUUUUGAGCAAAAACCCAACUAAGAUCGAGUUCACCCAUCAGUUCUUUGAUUCUUCGUAUAUAUUAAGAUUAAGCUCUUAUUUGAGAAGAGAGUCAAGUGUGAAGCCGAAUAGGGAUGAAAUACCUGUUGAUUGUGGCCGUUUUGUCACUUUGAGCUCUGGAAUUAGAGAGGAGACCGGGGAAAUGAUGAAUGAACAUACUAAAAAAGUUGAACCUUACAUAGAGCACUGGGUUUCGGUGGAUCCACUCAAUAGUAAGCCCAAUAAUAUGAUUCAAUUGGACGAUGAUAGCACCGAUAAUGUGAGGUUUAAAUCGACCUUGUUUGACAUAGAAGUCGAGGAAAAAUACGAGGGACGAUUCAUCAGACUUGGAGCCUGGGCCCAAGGUUUAAUUUGGGAUAAAUCGAAUAUUGACUGCCCAAUUAGUGUUAUCAGAAGGCAUCAAAACGGCUCCAAAUGGAUAACGAUUCUUCAAUUUGGUGACUGUAUCAGUAAACUAAAAGGAUUGGAAGAAGAGCCGGUCAAAGAAGGAGUUACUACAAUUAAGGAUGAUGUGAGAUGGACUUGCAAAGAAUCCAAUUAA